UGGACGUGGUACAAUUUCCAUACACCUACAAGAUAGCAUAAUCAAAUAAAAGUUGUGAAUAAUAAUCGCGGCAUUUACCCGCGUUCCGGCGCAAAAAUCAGACAUUUUUACUUUUUUAUUACUUUUGUUAGAACUUAGAAGCAACAGAGUGUUGUGCCAGUUACUUUGUUUGAAUUUGGAAUAUGAGAAAAAUACCGACUAGCGAUGAAGUUCGUAUCACCAUCCGUCGUUGGUUCAACCCGACCGCGCUGGACGCGGGGCGACUGCGGGACGUCCUAGUGGGGGUGGUAAUGACAGUGGGGCUGGCUGAAGCCUGCAUCUUCCGGCUGCUGCACCAUCAUAUUGCUGCUGGGGAGCUGCCGCCGUAUAUCACAGACGUCCUGAUCGUGGUCUACCUCAUGCUGGAGGCGUGCGUGUCCCCGCUGGUGUCGUGGUGGGGCUACCGCGCGCGCCGCCGGCAGCUCCUCACCUGGUCCGCCACCCUGACCGCCUGCCUCGCCGCCUGGUUCCUGCUGCGGACACCUGCGGAGGUGGAUACAGGACUAUGCGUUACCAGCACACCCGAGAGCCGCUACUCUGCAGCUCGUCUGGUGAUCCUGCUGUUGGCCGCGCCGGUGCUGGUGGCGGCGCGCGCGGCGGUCUGGUGCCAUGGUCUCGCGUACAUAGAGGACCACGCACCUGACCGGACACCGGUGCAAUUUAGUGCCUUCGUCCUAUCGCGGGUGCUACCACUCGUCGCCGGCGUGGGCAUGACGGCCAGCCUUGUGGACAGCAACCUGCCCGUCCAGGUGGCUUUCUUCGUAAUGGGAAUGGUGCUGCACGUCGUCCUGCUCAUGACGGUAGUCCCGAAACAGGAUCCCAAGGUCAAGGGUGUGGUGAAGAGUCCACCGCCGAUGAAUGAUAGAGGUUUCACCGCGAGCGUCUGUCGCGUGGUCCGCAACCCGCUUCUGACGUCACAAGUGCUGGCCAUCUCGCUGCUGGCGGCCGCGCUGUGGACGUACGGGUACUAUAGAAACGAUGUCAUCAAGGUGAAAUACAACAUGGCAGUCAGGAGUAACAUCAGCAACUUUACUGAGACAUUGCAGUAUUCCUUCGUCAUAUUAGUUGUGGUGUUCCAAAGCACCCGCCUGUCCCCCCCGCUGUUGGCGCGGUGGUCCAACACCAAGGGUGUGAAGCAAGCCUUGAUGCCGGCGGUGCUGGCGCUGGUGAUGAUCAUGAUGAUGAUGUUCAUGAGCGACUGCGAUCCGGGGACGAUGGUGAUGGAGCCGAGGAACUGCAGUUUAGAAUGCGGGUGUGCCGAUCGCUACGUGGCGUUCUCCCCGGUCUGUAUGCUGGACGACCUCACCACCUACCCCUCGCCCUGUCUCGCUGGCUGCUCCACCCAGGAGGUGGUCGAUGGACUCAGCCUAUACGUGAACUGCACGUGUGGCGACCGCGCGGUGUCUGGCACGUGCGGCGCGGACCGUUGCAGUGCAGCAUUCGAACUGCAUCAAAUGCUGUUCGUGGUCAUUGUUGCUGCUGCCAUAUCAGCAAUGGCAACGCACGGUGCGGUCGCAGUGCGAGCGGCGGACGCGCGCGACCGCGCGGUGGCGCUCGGCGUCGGCUGCGCUGUGGUUGCGGCCGUCGUCGCGGUCACACAUACCUACCUCGCUGUGGUCACUUCGAACAUGUGCGCGCUGUUCGCUGGUGGUGUGUGCGUGGUGCCAUCAGCCGGUCUCCCCCAGCUGGUGGGGAUAUCCAGCGCGGUGCUGCUGGCGUUAUCCUGUCUCGUCUCCACUAUCGUCUGCCUGCGACUAUGGAGGACCAAGCGAACGGAUACAGAGCUAUAA